CGUGGACGAGCCGCAUCGAUCCAGGAGCAUGUCGGCGUACGAGGAGGCGCGCCGCGCCAAGAUUGCGCGCAACAUGCAGAUGAUGGAGGAGAUGGGCCUCAAGGCGUCGGCGACGGCGCUCAAGCAGCGCGUGAACGCGGCCAAGCCCAAGCCCAUCAAGCGCAAGAAGACCGUGGACGACGACGUGGCCGCGCCGCGCCGGUCAUCGCGCCGCCUUCAAGGCAAGGAGGCCGUGUUGCCAGACGACCUUCAGGCGCCGUUGCCGCGCGAGCUUCGAGCGCACUUGUCCGAAGAACUCGUCGCGAAUGAAGCGUCGUUUCCGACCGACGCCGACUCGGCGGCGCUCGGGCAGCUCUUUGGCCGGGACGGCGCCGAGCGCAAGCCGGUCGUGGAGGCGCCCCAGGAAGACGCCAAGUACACACUGCACGAAUUCGAUGUCGAAAAGGUCACACCGAGCCGUAUCUACGCAAUCGCGUGCCACCCGUCAUUGGCCAAGGACCACAUUCUCUCGGCGAUCGCUGACGUCGACGGCAACGUCGCGCUCUGGUCUGUGCCACUGGACCGCGACAGCAGCGACGACAAUACGAUCGUGACGUGGCGACCGCACAAGCAAGCGAUCUCGUCGAUUCAUUUUGAAGCGGAUACGCUGCUCACAUCGGCCUUUGACGGCAGCAUCCAGCAGUACGACCUCGUGACGCAAGCGCGCACCGACGUCUUCCACACCGACGUCGCGCUGACCUACGUCGACAUCUCCGAACCGAAUGCGCUCUUGACGUGCGACGAAGCCGGGCACGUCUUCUCGAUCGACCGGCGCGCUCGUGGCAAGCCCACAUCGUGGACCCUCCACGAGAAGAAGAUCAACACGGUGCACCGCCAACCGGGAUCGACCCACUUUGCGACCGCGUCGCUCGAUCGCACCGUGUGUCUCUGGGAUGCCCGCCAGCCGUCGACGCCACUCGUCACAUUGCCGCACCACCGCAGUAUCAACUGCGCCUACUUUUCGCCCAAUGGCGAGUGGCUUGUGACCGUCGGCCAAGACGACUAUGUCCACCUGUACAGCAUGCCAGCGACCAGCGAUAAACCCACGACCCGCUUUGUACACAACAAUCAGACAGGCCGGUGGCUCACCAAGUUUCACGCGCACUGGGACCCCAAGUGCAGUGCGACGCCGCGCUACGUCCUCGGGUCGAACCAGCAGCCGCGCUGCAUCGAGAUUUUUGGCGCGAGAACCAAACAGCCGCUGCAGCGCUUGGACGACGACCUCUGCCGGUCGGUGUUUUCAAUGAACACGUUCCACCCGUCGAUCGACGUGAUUGUGAGCGGCAACAGUUCGGGCCGCGCCAUGGUCUGGCGCGCCAAGUAACUCUUUAAUCCAGAAUAUAGAUUCUGUUUUGUAGCUGUCAA